AUGGGAACCAGUAAAACGCUUCUGAUCCAGCGAAUGGGGAUAGCCAGCGUGGACAGGAACCAGGAAGAUUGGUUUGACCCGGUCAUCCCACAACUUGUAGCCAUGGCCACCGUCGCUGCUGCCUCGUGCGCCUCUGCCGCCACCUGCUUCGUGCAGAAGUCUGUUUCCUCGAAGCAGAUUUCCGGCCGUGCUGCCGGUCUUCCUGCUCUUCGCAUGUCAAAGGUGACCUGCUCUGCUGAGAGGAAGGAGAGGAAGGCUGUCCUGUCUGCGGCUACCGUCGCUGCCUCGGUCUCUGCUGCCCUUCCGUCCCUGGCUGCCGUUGAGGAGAUUCUCGGUGGCGACGGCACCGGUCUCCCCCUUGGCCUCAACGAUGCUUCCCUUACCUGGGUUCUCCUCGGUGUCUUCACCACCAUCUGGGGUGCUUUCUAUCUGUAUGCCUCGUCGCUCCCCAAGACCGAUGAUGACUCUGGCCUUGGCUUGUAA